AUGUCGCAAAACCAAGGUGAUAUCCAAGAGAGAAUUGCCGCCGCUCGUCGGGAGGCGGAAAGUCUGAAAGAGAAGAUUCGCACCAAGAAGGAGUCCUCCGCUGAUACCAGUUUACGUGCAAUGGCCGCGGAAGUUGACCCUCUUCCUCGCAUUGUCAUGAAGCCCCGACGAGCGCUUAGGGGACAUCUCGCCAAAAUCUAUGCCAUGCAUUGGGCUGCUGACCGCCGUCAUCUUGUCUCCGCCUCUCAGGAUGGAAAACUCAUUGUUUGGGACGCUUACACCACCAACAAAGUCCACGCAAUUCCUCUCCGUUCGAGUUGGGUGAUGACAUGUGCUUACUCCCCCUCUGGCAACUUUGUUGCAUGUGGUGGUCUCGACAACAUCUGCUCUAUCUACAACCUCAACAGCAAGGACGGUAACGGUGUCAAAGGCGCUAGGGAACUCAGCGCCCACUCGGGCUACUUGAGUUGCUGCAGAUUCAUCAACGACAGACAGAUCGUUACAAGCUCUGGUGACAUGACCUGCAUGCUUUGGGAUAUCGAAGCGGGUGUGCGCGUCGUCGAGUUCAGCGACCACACUGGGGACGUGAUGAGCUUAUCCCUUGGACCAAAUCAGAAUGUUUUUGUUUCCGGUGCUUGCGAUGCUACAGCCAAGCUGUGGGACAUCCGAAGCGGACGGGCGACACAAACCUUUACUGGCCACGAAUCUGACAUCAACGCCGUACAAUUCUUCCCUAACGGUGAUGCCUUUGCUACCGGUUCUGAUGAUGCAUCCUGCCGCCUCUUCGAUAUUCGUGCAGAUCGCGAAUUGAAUACCUUCACUCACGACAACAUUCUUUGCGGCAUCACUUCCGUCGCAUUCUCCAUUUCUGGCCGCAUCCUGUUUGGCGGUUACGACGAUUGGACUUGCAACGUCUGGGAUACCCUCAAAGGAGAGCGUGUUGGUGUCUUGACUGGACACGAAAACAGAGUCAGCUGUCUUGGCGUAAGCAUUGAUGGCAUGGCCCUUUGCACGGGAAGUUGGGACAGCACACUCAAGGUCUGGGCAUAA